AUGGACGGAGAACUGUUGGAGGAAUACAUGGAGAUAGCCAGCGACUACGAGCACGAACCCAGAACCGGCGGCGGGGAAGGGUACGCUACACCAGCGCCGCACCACCGGCGGCCGCCGCCGCCAGCGAAGUCGAUCAAGGGCGCCAGGUUUCUCGUCGUGGUCCUCCAGGCCGUUGUUAUGUCCUCGGCGCUGCUCCUCUUCUUCCUUUUCGCCGGGAUCGCCGCCGUGGUGCUCCUCCAUCUGUUCGUGGCGGGGAGGUCGCUGCGCCGCCGCCGCCGGCGCCCAGGCGGCUCCGUCGUCGUAUCCAAGGUAGGGUUCGGCGAGGGGCUGUCUCAGGAGGAGCUCAAGAGGCUUCCCGCCUCCAGGUUCUGUGAGAAUGGGGAAUCGGGGGCGGCGGACUGCGCCGUCUGCUUGGAGGCUCUCCAGGAUGGGGAGAGAUGCCGCCGGCUCCCCCGAUGCAGACACGUCUUCCACAAGGCAUGCGUCGACAGAUGGCUGGUGGCGGCGCCGGCGUGUCCAGUGUGCCGGACGGGGGUCCGCGAGGAAGCCGGCGGGCGGCGGCCGAGUUCCUCCGACGGAAGUCAGGUUCAAUCUGUUCCUGUUCGUUAG